UUCUCCAUCAAGUUCUCCACAACUUCCCCGCAUUCUUAUAUUGAAUACGCUCUUUGCUUUUCGCAUUCUUAUAUAGGCGAUUGUUUGCAUUCUUUAACAAUUGCUUUCUUUCUUUCGGCAUAUUUAUUUGUCUAUUUGCAUUAUUAAUUCUCUCAUUUUGAGACACAACCUCGUUCUUUUUUAAAAAUGGGAUUCUCUCGCAAAACCAUUUCGAUGGUCAUGUUGGUCUUCGUAUCCAUGGCCGGUUGGAUGUUCGGUGCUGAUACCGGUACCAUUGGUGGUCUCACCAAUAUGCGCGACUUCCAACGUCGUUUCGCUGACAAAUACGAUUCGUCGACUGAUACUUAUUCUUACUCUCCUACCCGCCAAGGUCUUCUCGUUGGUAUGGUCAAUGUUGGUACUCUGAUUGGUUCUCUUCUUUGCUCUCCUCUCGCCGACCGUGUCGGUAAGAAGGUUUCUAUUAUGAUCUGGACUGUUGUUUACUUGAGUGGUAUCGUUAUUCAAUUGACUUCCAAGAUGGCCUGGUUCCAAUUCAUGAUUGCCAAGAUCUGGACUGGUUUCUCCAUCGGUGCCUUGUCUGUGUUGACUCCCGGUUACCAAUCCGAGACUUCUCCUGCUUCCAUUCGUGGUCUUAUCGUCACUAGUUUCCAAUUGUUCAUUACUCUUGGUAUUUUCGUUGCCAACAUCAUCGUUUUCGGCUGCCGCAACAUCAGCGGUGCUGCUUCCUGGCGUGUUCCCUUGGCUAUCAACCUCGUUUACGGUGUUAUCCUCUUCAUUGGUAUGAUGUAUCUUCCUGAGUCUCCUCGUUACUUGAUGCAAAUCAACAAGCCUGAAGAAUGUCGCCGUGUUUUGGCCGACACUGAGGGUGUUGACCCCAGCGACCCUGCUCUUGAUGCCGAAUUCAACGCUAUCCGUGACUCCAUUCAACAAGAGUUUGCUGGCGGUCCCGUCACCUGGGGUGAGAUUUUUGGUCCUCUUAUGCGUUACCGUACCUUCCUCGGUAUGGCUGUUAUGUCCUUCCAACAAUUGGCCGGUGCUAACUACUUCUUCUACUACGGUACUGAUGUCUUCAAGGGUGUCGGUAUUUCCAACUCCUUCAUUGCUUCUUUGAUUCUUGGUGCUGUUAACUUUGGUUCUACCUUCCCUGGUCUCUACGUCGUUGAGAACCUUGGCCGCAGAUGGCCUCUUAUCAUUGGUGCCGUCUGGAUGUUUGUCUGCUUCAUGGUCUUCUCUUCCGUCGGCUUCAAGUCUCUUUACCCCCAUGGUCCCGAUGCUCCUUCUGACAAGACUGCCGGUAACGUCAUGAUCAUCUUCUCCUGCCUCUACAUCUUUGCCUUUGCUUGUACUUGGGCUCCUGCCGCUUGGGUCAUUGUCGGUGAGUCUUACCCCGUUCGUGUCCGUUCCAAGUGUGCUUCCGUCGCUACUGCCUGCAACUGGUCCUGGAACUUCCUCAUCUCCUUCUUCACUCCCUUCAUUGUCAAGAAGAUUGGUUUCAAGUACGGUUACGUCUUCGCCUGCUGCUGUCUCUGCGGUGCCCUCGUCAUUUUCUUCUUUGCUUGCGAGACCAAGGGUCUUUCCCUCGAGGAAGUCAACGAGAUGUAUGUCUCUGGUGUCAAGCCUUGGGCUUCCAACGGCUAUGCCAAGACCGUCAUCCGCGACCGCAACCACUCCGACCUCGAGAAGUCCAUCACCCAUCCCCAACUCUCCACUGUCGACUCGGAGGAGAACAAGAAGGUUACUCCCUCUGCCGAGUACGUCGAAGAUGGAUCUGUUCAAAGAAGCUUCAACAACGGCUUUGAAAACUAAGCUGAUAAAGAGCCUUUCUCCCGACCUUCAAUAACCAUUAAUCUAUUGGUCCUUGAAAAGUUCACUCUUUAAAACCCCGGUUUGGUUCUACCUUUUGUUUAUUUUGUUUUGCUUUUCUGGGAUGAUCACAAGCUGUCGAUCUACUGAAAAAAGUGUGAACGACUCUGUGGUCCAAUUUGCAUACGACGCAUCAUUUUUUUAAUGCUUUUUCCUGUUUAUGGUAAUGAGCUUACUGCUACUGCUGAAUAUUUAUUAGUUAAAAACAACAUAUGGGGUUUCACUGAGAGUAAUUAGGUGGGAGGAAUUGGUGU